AGUACAGAAGCUGAAGAAUCUUCAUUGCUGAGAUCUCUUACCAGGCAUCGACUUGUGAAGACACUGCAAAUUGGAAAAGACUUAAAGUGUAGUGAACGGACAUUGGGCAUGCCGAACUCUCAGCAAGGCACCCUUGAUCUCACAUCAAACAGCUACAGAGACAAUUGCGAUCGACUGCUGUACCUGGAGGAGAAGCAACGGGAGCUGUGUGCCUUGAGCCAGAACAUUUUGACGAGUUUAGGUCUCGGAGCAAAGAUGGCCAUCGACGAAUGUCAGCACCAGUUUCGCAUGAGUCGCUGGAACUGCAGCACUUUCGGCAACACGACCGCUAUUUUCGGAGGUGUACUUUCUGUCAAGAGUCGUGAAGCCGCAUAUGUUCACGCAGUAUCGGCAGCAGGGAUCGCGUACACAGUGACGCGCGCAUGCUCGCGUGGAGAGCUAAACGAGUGCAGCUGUGAUAGUAGAGUGCGCAGUCGCAAACCCAAAGGAAAGUGGCAAUGGGGCGGUUGUUCGGAAGAUAUUCAUUUUGGUGAGAAAUUUAGCAGAGAAUUCGUGGACUCUCAUGAGAAUCGAGACACUGCAGAAGGCCUCAUGAAUUUACAUAACAACGAAGCUGGGAGAAGGUCCAUCAGAUCGCGGAUGCAGCGCGUGUGCAAAUGCCACGGAAUGUCCGGGUCGUGCAGCGUAAGAGUUUGUUGGCGGAAACUGCCGCCAUUCCGCCAAGUGGGAGAUGCCUUAAGCGCGAGAUACGAGGGCGCAUCUCACGUCAAAAUGGUGGACAAGAAGAGAAGGCGCAUCAAGAAGUUGAGAGCAGUGAGUCGAGACUACAAGCAGCCCAACAAAACGGACCUGGUGUUUCUCGAGGAGUCGCCAGAUUACUGCGAGCGUAAUGAAACGAUGGGGGUGCUGGGGACGCGGGGUCGUCUGUGUAAUCGCACAAGUAUGGGGCCGGACGGCUGUCGCCUCCUGUGUUGCGGGAGAGGCUACCAAACAAGGGUGCGCGAUGUGGAGGAGAAGUGCCACUGCAGGUUUGUGUGGUGCUGUGACGUCAAGUGCGACACGUGCCGCUACAAGAAAGAGGAACACAUCUGCAACUAAGCAACGGAGGAUGUCUGUACAACCUGGACACGGAACACCUUCACAGUGAGCGGAAGCAAGACAGGAUAUCUGUACAAUUGGUUGUAAAACUCGAUUCAGUAGGGCCUGACCGGCCGAGAGGACCCUGAGAGAUGGUCGGGAGAAAGAGAGGAUGUCAUUCAAAUGUUACUACUGAUUUGAACAUUGUGCUGCGGUGGAGCUCUUCAAGGCGUCCGGAAGAAAGCGUCAAUGUCCAUACAGUCCGGUCGGGGAAUGUCUUAAAAGCAAACUCUGCCUCAGGAAAUAAGCAGAGUAGUAAACGUGUACGGUUAUUAACCGUCAUGAAAACGUAAACACAUUCGCUGCUGAACAUGUCUAAAAAUAAGGAUAAUUUCAUACUUCUUCUGAGAACGAUAUUCGUACUCAUACAUUCGUUUAAUUACAGUUUUAUCCGUUAUGAUAAAAGGGAAAGCUGAAGUGCCGGUAUUUAUAUACAGGCAUUCGAAAAUUUAUUUUUAAUUAAAAAAAACAGAAGGACAUGCGCAGAGACGAUCCGAGUUUGCGAGCUGCCCAUUUCAGUUAAUUACUGUUGUGUUUUACCGCAAGAAAAUGAGAUUUCUUAAAUCUUAUAUGCAGGAAUUGAGAAUAGAAAUUAAGAAAUGAUAUGAUGCAGUGACUUGGAUUUAUCAAAUUUAGGUAAAAAUAAUUUUUAAAUUAAGGUGUAACACCUUUGUAGGCAGUAAACAUUCAUCGCACUGAAGACAGGUUUCUGUAUAAAUUCGUAUCGCAAUGAAUUUGUUUGUCGUCAUAUGCAGACGUGUGAUAGUGGUGGUUACUUCGGCGUAACAAGAUAAGAGGGACACACUUCCAUGGCAAGACGGGUUCCUUCUCACGUCUUUGACUUUCGUGUCAAUGUCCGCCAUCUUUACAUAUUCUCCUCAGCAGCGCCACUAACAAUGACUUGACGACUUAGUAACUAAAUAUGCAAUGGCUGAGCGCAAAGGAACGCUGUUGGUUCAGUCUUGUCAACUACUGCAUCUUUAUCUUCUACGCCGCGUUAGACUUCUCUGGCACCCGCUAAGACACCGAAACAUUAAAUGCUAUGUGGCAGGUAUAAAAUACAGAUUUCCUUCCGAAGGUGGAUCAUCAGACCCACAGAAAAGGGAUGUAACAAAUUUUCCUUUAUCUCGUGAGAACAGCAGCAACGUUCGCAUUUUGGGAGUAUGCAUGCACCGUCCGAAUUCCUUCUGCGGGCUCGCCAUCGACGGUCUUUGAGGAUUCCACAGGCCCUUCAGAUGUGUUUUGGGGAUAUCACAUUAAAAUAGGCCAGGGCAUGCCCACUUCCUCUUGCAUCCUUCCCACUUCAUCUUUUAGAGCCAUCCUCAACCAUCCUAAUAUUGGCCAAACAGAAACUCACCAGCUGAUAAAAAGUCAUAAUAAAUAAAUAACCAGUGAUCAUGUUAAAUUGAGUAACUGGGCUGCAGGGCAUGUAGCACGAAUUAGGAGGACGAGGAAUUAUUUAUAGUAUAUUGGUGGGAAAGCCGGAAGGAAAG